UAACUAUAUAUAAAAAACUAAAUGAGAAAUAGACAACUAACCACUUUUCUACCACACUAUCAUCAAUUUAAUGUUUCUCUCUCUCCCUAUUAUCGUUUGGUUUCAAGAAUGAAGAAGGCUAGGAGACUUCUUCAUCUCUUUAGAGACUUGACAGCAAUAACAAGUCUUCUUAGUUUAUCUUCUUGAUUGUUGAGUAUAUUUCUUGUAAAAGCUGAGUGACAAUUUUGUUUCUGUGUGUUUGUUUAAAUUUCUUUUGGUGAUGGCCGAGUCGACGAUCCAACUAAGGCUGGUUCGCUGUCCCAAGUGCAAGAAUCUCUUACCAGAGCCUAAAGAUUGCUCCUUUUUUCAGUGUGGUGGUUGUGGAACCGUUCUCUGCGCCAAAAACAAGGACCGUGAAGCAGAUUUAGUGUCGGUUGAGUCCGUGGAUAAUAACACAGCCAAAGAAACCGAAGUUAACUCUGGUUUAAGUGAUGAUGAAAAAUCUGAUUCAGAUGCUUCAUUAAGACACCAACAUAAUGGUCCAACAGAGACUUGGGAUGUUCACAGUGUUCCUAGUUCGAAACUGACUGUUGUUAAUUCUGAUGAUAACGAUUCUCAACCGGGUUCGGCUCAGUUUAGGCGAAGAGCAACAAAGAGAUGCGAUUACGAAGGUUUCAGAUUCUCCACUUGUAACUAUUUUACAGAUCCUCUGUCUAGUGAUGAAGCAAUUGAUCAAGACAGAGCUGGACUGGUGAGAAAAUUGGAUAAGCUAAAAGAACAGCUUCUUCAACCUGAAGAGCAGCAGCUCUCGAGUUCGUCUUCAAGAUUCAAAAAGGCUCCAUUGCGGUUUCUCAGUUCUGGGAAACAUGUUGCAAGUUCUUCAUAUUACCAUCAUUAUCCAGAACCUGAACCUCCAUGUCUUUACAGCAAUAAUCCUGAUGUUUCUCUGCGUGGUCCGACGCAUAAUCAGUCUCAUGUUCCAGUUUAUGGAGACCCUCUUGGGAUCCAGAUGCGUGAAAGAACUCUGAAGCCAUCUCAUCUGCACAACUCAAGACAGUAUAUUGCCAAUAUUAAUGGUCAUGAUUUGUUUGAUACACAUCCUCGAAAUGGGAUGUUACAUCAAUCAACUUGCUCGUGUUCCCACUGCUAUGAUCCAUAUCAUAGAGCUUCAGGCUCAGUGUUUCCUCCCUCAGGAUUGCCUGAUGCUCUGCCUAAUGCUGGUUUUUACCCUCAUGAGAGAAGUUUUGGUUUUGAUACUUCAUUGCAUAGUCCGAGAACCUUUGUUCCGCAUCCUCCUGGUUCUCAAUCUCCUGGUCCACAGCUCCAUGGAAGAUGCCACAGUGGAUAUGGGGAUGCGCGAAUGAAUGCUGUUACUCGUGUUCGUUCCCGUAAAGCAGUCUCAUCUUCAAGUGGUACUCGCCUAAUCCACCCUGUGGCUGGUGGUGCACCAUUUAUAAACUGUAAAAACUGCUUCAAACUUCUGAAAUUGCCAGAGAAAACAGAUUCUGCGACGAGAAAGCAACAGAGAAUUCGGUGCGGAGCCUGCUCUUGUGUAAUAAAUUAUUCCUUUGUUGAUAAGAAACUCGUUCUCUCUACGGAUCCUGCUUCAGCAAAAAAAGCAGAAACUCAUAGUAGGCUGAGUUGGGUAACUUCUGCUAACUUCUCUUCUGAUGACUAUGAUAAUAUUGCUUACGAAUUCCAUGCAAUGGAUAGAGGACUAACCGACGUAUCAACUGGUCUGACUUUGAAUUCUGACAAAGCUCAAGAAAUGCAGACUGCGGAUUCUACUUCUCCUAGUGUGUCUGAAGACGAGCUAAGUUCAGACAGUUCAACAGAGAAAGUUAUUUCUGAGAUGGACGUUAAUGAUUACUCUCACAACAAUGAAGUGUCUCAAGAUUCUGCCAAUGACUAUACAGAUGAUCAAGGAAGAGCCAAGAAGGGUGGAUUUGCGAGUAUUGUGAAGAAUAGCUUCAAGGAUCUGAAGAAGUCUAUACAGAACGAAGGUAGAAGUGAUGUCUCAGUAAAUGGGCAUCCAGUAGCUGAACGUCUGGUGAAGAUGGCAGAGAAGCAGGCUGGACCAAUCAGGCCAGGAAACUACUGGUACGACUACAGAGCUGGAUUCUGGGGAAUAAUGGGAAGUCACUGUCUUGGAAUAUUACCGCCUUUCAUUGAAGAGCUCAAUUACCCAAUGCCAGAGAAUUGCGCUGGCGGAACCACAGGAGUCUUUGUGAACGGAAGAGAGCUUCACCAGAAAGACCUGCGCUUGCUCACUGCCAGAGGUCUCCCACGCGACAGAGAUCGAUCCUACACUGUUUACAUCUCAGGUAGAGUGAUAGACGAAGAUACCGGUGAAGAGCUAGAUAAUCUUGGCAAACUUGCCCCAACGGUGGAUAAGCUAAAGCGUGGGUUCGGGAUGAGAGUUCCAAGGAGAGCUGCAUGAAGCAAUUCCAAGAAAUGUUCAUGAAACUCCCGUUGUGUUGUUGUACUUGUAUCUCUGAACAUCCGUGUUUGAUUAUACUAACACAUUCUAAGCUAAACUUUGUUCUAAACUCCUACAGAGACUUAUAAUCAAUGUAAAGAAUGAGCAUGAGGAAAAUGAAAUAUCAUUAUUGGCAACAAGAAUCUAAAACACCAAAAAGAUGAGUGUAUUCGAAAGCUUCCAAAAUCAUUAUUGAGCCUUACUACAA